UCAAGAAUAGAACAAUAAGAAGUGGAGCAGUGCCCUGAUAUCAGCUGCUGUUUAUGCAGAUACUGCCUUUACAUCAUUACUUCUCUGAAGAAACCACAGUGGAAACGUGACUGACCGCCUUAAGUGUACAGUACUGUAGAUGUCACACAACCAGCAGAAUGAGUCGGAGGAAGAGGAGAAACAGUCGCAGGAGGAAGAGCUCCAGCAGCAGUAAACAAUGCAUCUCUCCAUAUAAUUUUCAGAGGCACACUAUGGUGGACACUGUGGAAGCUGCAGAGAAAGGAGAAACUGACUCCUUCUGUAAAGAGCAUGUACUGUCAGUGUCUGAAGACGAGAAGGAGACUGAGACUCCAACCACGGAGAAAGAAAUCAGAACACGGAGUUGUGAAGAUUUCUUCCUGGACAAAAAGAAAAAAUACAGACAAAAGCCAAACUCAGAACCAAUUGACAGAGGUCCAGGGUUAAAAAUCACACAUUCUGUGACCAUCGAUAACUUUGGACUGUCUUCUCCCAGAGUUGUGUUCGACCGAUGCCAUGAAGCAACGGUUAGUAGUGUGAUAGCAGUCACAACCACUGAGGUCAAAUGCAUGAGCCCAAAUAUGAAGCUUGAGAUCAAUGUCGUGACAUCAGAUGAUUCAAAUAUCAAGACCACCUUUAUUCUUCAAAACUGCAGAGACAAAAGAGAAGAGGCUCAUUUUAGAACGGAGAAUCAUCAAUCUCCAAAAGACACACACGUCUACUCAUGGAACCAACAUGGAGCAGAUUACAAACAAAACACCAGUGAGAAUAUUAGCUAUACGAUUAGCAUUGCAGAGCUGAAUGCAGAGUCAACACAUGAUUCAAAGAGUCAGAGCUCAUGGGAUGAUCCUGAAGAAAUGGCUUGCCGUAAAAGCUGCUGUAAAAAUAACUUCCGUUGGGGAAACACCGGUGGCCAGACGGACACUGAUUUCACACUGGUUGAUGGAUCUUCCUGUUGUUCAUCACCCUCUGAUUUCUGGCAACAUCAGAAACAGCGCUCACUGCCCAGCAGUCUCAGUAAUGAGGCAUUAUGGGAUAUCCCUCCCCCUGAUGAAUUUGCUGAUAAGAAGACUAGUGCACUGGAUUUCCUUGCAGAAAAUGUUGCAUCGUGUCAGAUCAGUUCCAGAGAAAGAUUCACUGACCACCACAACACUAACUGCACGCAGACAGCAUCUGAGGUUACCUUGUGCAAAGAGUUUACACGCCAGAAUACACUGGAUGGGGACAACAGGACAACUGUGGCCAGGUGCUGUGAACGGCUAUCCGACUUGAGUCCUCAGGAACACUUAUUCAUGAAUCCCAGAGCUUCAAUAAACAGAUCUUCUUUCACUAAAAACUUCAUCGAAAAUCACGAAAGGAAGACGCGUUUGCGCAACAACAGCAUCGCCAUCCUAGAAAGCAAAACUCAUCCUGCAGGCUACAUGGACAUUCCUCCCAAAAGACGAAAGACGUACCCGGGAUUGACAUAUCAAAUGAGUCAAGCCAGAGAGAGCAUUCCCUCAUACAGAGAGUCGUUUUCCUCUGGCACACUGUUUUUCACGCAGUCUCUUCCCUCUCAAGCAGACAGGAUGGGAAGAUUUUAUGUAGAAGACGAAAGAUUUCGUCCACUUGGGAGCCGCAAAUCUUCCAGUAGUAGCAGCUAUAGACCAAGCUCAAGCUCUACAACCGGUCCCGACUCUUGUAUUCCCAAAUUCAAGGCUUACAGCUCAAUGAAAAAUCCAUUCUAUCCAUCCAGGUCCGAUGAGAGUCCAGAAGAAGUCUUCUUUAGAGGCGAACAAUAUCAGGGGCCGUCGCAGCUAGACGAGAUGGAGCAACUGGGUUCAGAUGUCGCUGCAGGAAUGAUGAUCGAUGAUGGCACGGAUCAAGACAGCACCUCAGCGGGACAACCUGAGCUGAACGAAGUCAAUGAAAGUGGCUUUGACGAGGAGAUGGUGGAGUUGGAUGGGUCAAUUUCUCCAGGUGACACCAUGGAGAGCCAUCAAAGGGAGCUUCUUAUUCACGUCAUCCCACCUUCACUGUGCAACUCUGAAGAAAAAAUCAAUGAAGGAUUACCCAACAGUAUCAAGCAUCACACGUGGGACGGAGAUGAAGCUGACGCUCCAAAGAAACGGAGAGGUUCGGUAAUGACAAUAAUCACUGGGGACUGUGAGCAGAGAUUUCUACAGGGCAACCAUGUCUUCUCAUUUGAUGAGGACGUAUCACAGGAACAUCAGAUAGAUGCUUUGAGCCCUGUGAUUGAGUCUCCUACCGGGUCUCCAAUAGAGGAUCUUGCCAGUAUCAGAGAAGCUGUGGAAGAGGUCGCAGACUACUCCCAAGCACAAAAAACCACAACCUCUGCAAACACUAAGGACACACCUUCUCAACAGCCUGGAGAAGUGCAAACAAAUGAAUUCCUGGAGAAAAUAAGCACAGAUGUCUCUAGGACAACAAAAUUCUAUAACAAUGAUUCGUCUGAACGGCAAGGUGCUUCAAAAAAUUCAUUAGAGGUCAAAGAGCUCCUCAGGCCUCCAACAGACUCCAUUCAUAAAGAUUCAGAGGAGCAUUCAGACCACUGGGCAAAGAGGCGGAAGCUCUUCAAAGAGAGCAAACAGCGCAGUUCUGCAGGAGGAAGUUCUAUAACUAGCAUUAUCACAGAGGAAUCAGACACAAUGAACUCUGAGGACACUCGUUCGGUGGACAUGUCAAUGCGGGAUAUUGAGGACAGAGGAUUUUACACUGAAACCUUUCACUCAGUAUCAUGGAUAUACCAUGGAGAUGAAGUUAACCAGAAUGAUAGUCCACACUGUCUCACCAGCUGUACUCGACCAGCAGCCAUUCGUGAGCGGACGGUGAAAAUCAGCAAAGGCAUGGGCGAGUAUCCAUGGGGCUUCAGAAUUCAGUUCUCCAAACCCGUUUAGACAACAGAGAGUGAUACAAAUGGAGCAGCGGAGGAGGCAGGGCUGCAGGUUGGAGACUAUGUGCUGGCGGUAAACGGCACUGAUGUCACAAGUGUGCCACACUCAGAAGCAGCUGACCUCGCACGACAAGGCCCAGACAUUUUAACGCUGACCAUUGGCUCGGAUAUUGGUCGAACUCCUAACACUCCACGACCAGCGUGCAGGGGUUACUUGCAUAAGCGAACUCAAUCCAGUUUGCUGAAAGGCUGGAGAAAGAGGUGGUUCGUGCUCAGACAUGACUGCUGCCUCUAUUACUACAGAAACAAGCGAGAUGAAGGGAAGAGUGGAGCUCUGUCUGCGACGAGUCUGGAAGGAGCGGUGGUGGAGGCUGACACCAGUUUAGGAAAGCCGUUUGUGUUCAGAUACUGUCCUGUCUCUGGGAACCGAGUUUACUACCUGUGUGCAACAUCAAACCAAGAGAUGAAGAGGUGGCUGGAGGCUAUGGGUAGAGCGGUUCAUCCUAUUACUCAGAAUCAUGUGUGGAUGGACGUCACUCGGCACAACUCAAAUCUGCCCCCUCUGGCAGUCAAGAACCCAGAAUGCCUUGGGUUACUCCACCAGCUGGACAGGACCAAGGACUCAUGGGUGCAGCACUACUGUGUGCUGAAAGAUGGAUGCCUCUAUUUCUAUGCAAGCAUUCGGUCAACCUGCGCGAUAGGAGGAAUCUACUUGCAUGGUUUCACAGUGAGGGAUCAGCCAGUGGGAUCCAGAAGAUCUGCCAUUGAGCUCAGACCUCCAUCUGAAGAGUUUAAAGUGUUCUACCUCUGCGCAGAGAAUGCUAAUGAGAACAAACGAUGGGUUAGUGCAAUAAAAUCGUCAAUAGGAAAAUGGCUUCCACUGCAUCAGGCAAUUCAAGACUACAUGUGUCGCCCACCCGAGGAAACAAGAAUGUGAACAAGACUGAUUACAGGACAGCCUGGAGUUUCUCAACAAGUUUAAUUCAGACACGACCAUGUUCAUACCUGAACAUAAUGAUUUCCUAAUUUUCUCUUACAAUUACAUCUCUGAAUAUCAUCGUUUCUGCAUUUGAAAUAUGCAAAUACAUACAAAUUAAUAGAACGAUUAAAAAAAGGGAAAUUAAAUUGAUAAAAUAAUCUGCUGUAGAUAUUCAUGAUGGAACCUAAAAUAACUCCAUAUAUAAUAUUCAAGUGUGACAACACAGCAGCAGCAAGUGCUUGAAGUUGUCAUGGUAACCUGGUACCAUGGUAAUCACUGCAUGCUGAAGCAUAGAAAUAUAAAUAGAAAGCUCAGAACUCAGCAUCACUUCCGAGACUGAGUUACAUCACUGUUCUCUCUUUCGAGAUGACAUCUUGAUUCAGGUCCACGUAACCUUUAAUGUGUUGCAUGUUUCUUUGCAUUCAGAGGAAAGUUUAAGAAAGAAUGAUGGCCUGCAUUUCUGUAAACUUUUGUUGUCACACAAUUUGAAUUCUUAUGAUCCGUUUCCCAUUUUCAAGAUGUUCUAUGUAAUGACAGUGCCACUGUUAUUUGUACAU